AUGGAUUCCCACAACAGCGUCCAAACCGUCCUCUCCGUCCGCACCAUCCUAGAAUACAUCCUUCUCGAACUAGACAUGCGCACAAUCCUUAUCUCGGCGUCCCGCGUCAAUCGUUUCUGGAACUACACAAUCAGUAAUUCCCGUCCCAUCCAACAAGCACUAUUUAUACAACCAUUUAGACGCCGCAACCACAAUUCCUCACAAGGAGUCCUCAACCCUCUACUAGUAGAAGCCUUUCCAGGGAUCUUCCAGCGGAACAGUACCGUCUUCCCCGAGCACACAGAAAGCAAACUUACCUUUGACACUUUCCACAUGGUCAGAGACCCCACCAAGACGGGAAUAUACAUGCGAGAAAACGCAAGUUGGCGCCGGAUGCUAGUCCAGCAGCCUCCUGCGCGUGCAUUGGGGAUCGUCAGCCAUAUUGGGGAUGAUACGGGGUUUCGGGAGAGGUGUGAGAUACAGGUUAGUUGA